AUGAGAUUCGAUAGGAUAUGUCAAAGAGACUCCCCAAAAUGGUCUCCUCCCAACUCACCACAGAGACUUCUAAACAGUGGUCCCCUCCAAACAGUUAACAGAAACUGCCCAAAUGCAUUUCCUCCCAACUCGCCACAGAGACUUCUAAACAGUGGUCCCCUCCAAACAGUUAACAGAAACUGCCCAAAUGCAUUUCCUCCCAACUCGCCACAGAGACUUCUAAACAGUGGUCCCCUCCAAACAGUUAACAGAAACUGCCCAAAUGCAUUUCCUCCCAACUCGCCACAGAGACUUCUAAACAGUGGUCCCCUCCAAACAGUUAACAGAAACUGCCCAAAUGCAUUUCCUCCCAACUCGCCACAGAGACUUCUAAACAGUGGUCCCCUCCAAACAGUUAACAGAAACUGCCCAAAUGCAUUUCCUCCCAACUCGCCACAGAGACUUCUAAACAGUGGUCCCCUCCAAACAGUUAACAGAAACUGCCCAAAUGCAUUUCCUCCCAACUCGCCACAGAGACUUCUAAACAGUGGUCCCCUCCAAACAGUUAACAGAAACUGCCCAAAUGCAUUUCCUCCCAACUCGCCACAGAGACUUCUAAACAGUGGUCCCCUCCAAACAGUUAACAGAAACUGCCCAAAUGCAUUUCCUCCCAACUCGCCACAGAGACUUCUAAACAGUGGUCCCCUCCAAACAGUUAACAGAAACUGCCCAAAUGCAUUUCCUCCCAACUCGCCACAGAGACUUCUAAACAGUGGUCCCCUCCAAACAGUUAACAGAAACUGCCCAAAUGCAUUUCCUCCCAACUCGCCACAGAGACUUCUAAACAGUGGUCCCCUCCAAACAGUUAACAGAAACUGCCCAAAUGCAUUUCCUCCCAACUCGCCACAGAGACUUCUAAACAGUGGUCCCCUCCAAACAGUUAACAGAAACUGCCCAAAUGCAUUUCCUCCCAACUCGCCACAGAGACUUCUAAACAGUGGUCCCCUCCAAACAGUUAACAGAAACUGCCCAAAUGCAUUUCCUCCCAACUCGCCACAGAGACUUCUAAACAGUGGUCCCCUCCAAACAGUUAACAGAAACUGCCCAAAUGCAUUUCCUCCCAACUCGCCACAGAGACUUCUAAACAGUGGUCCCCUCCAAACAGUUAACAGAAACUGCCCAAAUGCAUUUCCUCCCAACUCGCCACAGAGACUUCUAAACAGUGGUCCCCUCCAAACAGUUAACAGAAACUGCCCAAAUGCAUUUCCUCCCAACUCGCCACAGAGACUUCUAAACAGUGGUCCCCUCCAAACAGUUAACAGAAACUGCCCAAAUGCAUUUCCUCCCAACUCGCCACAGAGACUUCUAAACAGUGGUCCCCUCCAAACAGUUAACAGAAACUGCCCAAAUGCAUUUCCUCCCAACUCGCCACAGAGACUUCUAAACAGUGGUCCCCUCCAAACAGUUAACAGAAACUGCCCAAAUGCAUUUCCUCCCAACUCGCCACAGAGACUUCUAAACAGUGGUCCCCUCCAAACAGUUAACAGAAACUGCCCAAAUGCAUUUCCUCCCAACUCGCCACAGAGACUUCUAAACAGUGGUCCCCUCCAAACAGUUAACAGAAACUGCCCAAAUGCAUUUCCUCCCAACUCGCCACAGAGACUUCNCUCUCAAAGUCGUUGUUGUAAAACACAUCAGAGAGACGUCUCAAAGUCGUUGUUUUAUGACACAUCAGAGAGACGUCUCAAAAUCGUUGUUUUAUAA